UCCUGCAAUCCCCUGGCCGGGUUGCUUGCCCGGCUCCCCUGAAGCUCUCGCCGCCUCGCGAUUAUUCCCCGCAGUCUCCUGCAUUCCCACUUCCGGUCCUAACUAGUCCUGCGGAGGCGCGACCCCGUCGUCGCUGAAGCUCGGUUCGCUCAUCAUGGCUAUGAGUAGGAUAAGGGGGGCCUUCGCGGUCCCCAAGAAAGGAGAGACCUUCGAAUUGCGAGCUGGUCUUGUAUCUCAGUAUGCAUAUGAACGAAAGGAGUCCAUUCAGAAGACCAUCAUGGCCAUGACGUUGGGCAAGGAUGUCUCCGCUCUGUUUCCGGAUGUGCUCAAGAACAUUGCGACCAGUGAUCUUGAACAGAAGAAACUAGUCUAUCUAUAUCUCAUGAACUACGCCAAAUCCCACCCGGAUCUUUGCAUUCUCGCCGUCAAUACCUUUGUUCAAGACUCCGAAGACCCGAACCCCCUCAUCCGAGCCCUUGCGAUCCGGACAAUGGGAUGUAUCCGUGUGGACAAGAUGGUGGAUUACAUGGAGGAGCCCCUCCGCAAGACGCUCCGCGAUGAGUCGCCGUACGUCCGCAAGACCGCCGCGAUCUGUGUAGCGAAGCUCUUCGAUCUGAACCCCGCGAUGUGUCUGGAGAAUGGCUUCCUUGAGAUGUUGCAAGAAAUGAUUGGCGAUCCCAACCCCAUGGUGGUCGCUAAUUCGGUCACCGCGCUGUCGGAAAUCUACCAUGCUGCCCCCGAAACGCAGGCCCUCAAGGUGACCUCCAACACCCUGCGCAAGCUUCUCAUGGCCUUGAACGAGUGCACGGAGUGGGGUCGUGUCACCAUCUUAACUACCCUGGCAGAGUACAAAACCACGGAAGUGACCGAAUCCGAACACAUUUGCGAACGAGUCUCUCCCCAGUUCCAGCAUGCCAAUCCAAGUGUGGUGUUGGCGGCCGUGAAAGUGGUCUUCCUCCACAUGCGUAAUGUGAAUGCUGAGCUGGCGAACACCUAUCUCAAGAAGAUGGCGCCCCCUCUGGUGACGCUGGUGUCGUCCGCGCCCGAAGUCCAAUAUGUGGCUUUAAGGAACAUUGAUCUGUUGCUGCAGAAGCAGCCAGAUAUCCUAAACAAGGAACUCCGGGUCUUCUUCUGCAAAUACAAUGAUCCCCCUUAUGUCAAGUUCCAGAAACUGGAAAUUAUGGUCCGCAUCGCCAACGACCGAAACGUCGACCAGCUCCUGGCAGAGCUGAAGGAGUACGCGCUGGAGGUGGACAUGGACUUUGUGCGCCGGGCCGUCAAAGCUAUUGGCCAGGUCGCCAUCAAAAUCGAGAGCGCCAGCGAAAAGUGCGUCAACACCUUGUUGGACUUGAUCAACACCAAGGUCAACUAUGUGGUGCAAGAGGCGAUCGUGGUGAUCAAGGACAUUUUCCGGAAGUACCCCGGUUACGAGGGCAUCAUCCCCACGCUCUGCCAGUGCAUUGACGAACUGGAUGAGCCUAAUGCGCGGGCUGCUCUUAUCUGGAUCGUGGGCCAGUAUGCGGAAAAGAUCAGCAACGCGGGUGACAUUCUCGCUGGUUUCGUGGAAGGCUUCAACGAGGAGUUCUCUCAGACUCAACUGCAGAUCUUGACGGCCGUUGUCAAGCUCUUCCUCAAGCGCCCCGAGAAGGCUCAAGGGCUUGUCCAGAAAGUGCUGCAGGCGGCCACGGCUGAGAAUGACAACCCCGACGUCCGUGAUCGGGCCUAUGUCUACUGGCGCUUGCUAUCCAACACGAGCGAUCCCAAUGCUACCAAGACCAUUGUGCUCUCCGACAAACCGCCGAUUGUCACCACCAUCCAGUCUCUCCCACCAGCUCUCCUCGAGCAACUGCUUGGCGAGCUGUCCACUCUCGCGUCUGUCUACCACAAGCCCCCGGAGCAAUUCGUUGGCCAGGGCCGAUUCGGUGCGGAUGCUGUCCAGAGAGCUGCUAUCGAGGAACAAAUUCAAAAUGCUCGCGAAAACCCGUUGGCGGCAGCAGCGGCCGCCGCGGCAGUUACUGGCAGUGCCCCGCCUCUGCAGGCCCAGAACAACAUGGAGAACCUGUUGGAUAUCGAUUUCGAUGGCACCGCACCGGCAUCCGCCCAAAAGGAACCGAGUGGUGGAAUGUCGGGUCUCGAAGGUCUUGCCGGGACGCCCGUCCGGGUGGAAUCCCCUGCCGUUGGUGCCCCAGCUGGAAGCAACAAUCUGGACGACCUUCUGGGAGUAUUCGGCGAUGGCGGAGCCACCGCCUCGGCUAGUGGGAGCAGCGCUCCCAAUGGCGGUGGUGCCGGAGCGGAUUUGAUAAAUGGCUUUGAUGGGUUGGACCUGUCCGGGGGCAGCAUGGCAUCGCCACCUCCCGGAGGAAGCCAACCGAAGAAGACGAACGAGGACAUCAUGUCAUUAUUCUAAGCGCGACGGCCAUGGAUGUAUGAUGGCGCACGAUUUCGUAUAGUUGAAUGAGGUGCCAGGAGGUUGAGCCAAAAGCACACAUAAUUCCGUCGAUGCAUCUCGAAUAUAGAUCAGAUCGUCUUUGUUCUCCUUUUGGGCCGAGCUUGCUCUUUUUGUUUCUGGUCUGUUUUCUUCUGUCCCAUAUUGAGUGUUUCCACCUAUCUGUAUAUCCCAUGCUCGGAACCUCAUGAGCACCGAUCCAUUCU